ACUUCGUCUCUCCUUUCAAUCCCCUCGCUCUCUCUCCCUCCCUCUCUUUCGGCUCUCAAUCAUGACUGAUCGCGGGCCACAGGCUGCGGCCGUGGCCAUUCUUUUCUUGGUGUUAACGUGGCUCAGCGUCGCCCUGCGGGUGUACGUGAGGGGCAUCAUGACCAACGCCUUUGGGGUUGACGAUUCCCUCGCGGUCCUUGCUCUGUUUCUAUUCACAUUCUACUGCGCGUUCGUUCUUGACGGGGUUCAUUAUGGAACGGGAAAGCACUUCGCGGAACUCAGUAACCAGAAUUUCAUCUAUGGCAUGAAGGCCUGGUGGAUCGCGGAGAUAGGUUACGUCUCAAGCACGACAGUCCUCAAGAUCAGCAUCGCUUUCUUCCUGCUGCGGGUAUGCGUCAAGCGGUUCCAGAGAAUCAUCAUCUGGGUUGUCCUCGCCGUCGUGACCUCCUUCAGCAUCUACUAUUUCUUCCUCGUCAUCUUCCAGUGCAACCCUUCAUCGUAUUUCUGGAACCAGUAUGACGGCCACCAUCAUGGGAAAUGCGUCAGUGGCGACGUCGUGUCGGGCUCGACAUAUACCCAUGGUGCCCUGAGCGCACUGGCAGAUUGGACCUUGGGAGUCCUCCCGAUCUCGCUCGUUUGGGAUCUCAAGAUGAACCCGAGAACAAAAAUCUCAGUCGCCAUGAUUCUCGCCCUUGGCGCGCUUGGCUCGACUGCAACAAUUGUCCGCCUCCCGUUCAUUCACCAGCUCACCGAAACCACCGACUUCCUCUUUGCUAACGUCGACGUUUCAAUCUGGUCCACCGUCGAACCUGGUAUUGGGAUCACUGCCUCAUCGAUGGCCACUCUCCGGCCCCUAUUCGUGACCUUCCUCUCGCGCUCCAGGCUCCUGGGCUCCUCCACCCGCAGUCGGAGCACCUCGCACUGGCGCCGCUCCCACACAGGGUACUUCCGCAACGGCACCAACAACGACAACGCCGUCGGGGACGAGGAAAUGCACCUCGACGACCUGCGGCGCGAUCUACCUAAAGGCUCUGGUGUCUCCACCACGAUCCAGAGCGUCAACGAUACCCGGCAGAGCGCCGACCGGGCGCGCGAGAAAGAGCUUGCGCAACAGAACGGUGAAGUCGAGAACGCGAUCAAGCGCAUCCAGCGCUUCGGGGGGAUGCGGCAGGCCGGCGCGGCUACAGACCCCUUCCACAAAGCAGCUGCUCCCUCGGGCUCGUGGAACUCUCACGAGAGCCACCUCGCGGGCGAUAGCAGUAGUGACGAUGGGAAUACACCGCCGGACAUGGGCAUCCGGAAGACGACGGAGGUCACGACGAUGUAUGGGCGGGCUGGUAAGGACGAGCCAUGAGACGACUUCGCUCUCUGUAAUGAUACCCCAGGAAAGUAAAAG